AUGAAGUUCUCCACAAUCUUUGCUUUUGCCAGCACUGCUGCCUUUGCCGUCGCAGCACCGGCUUCUGUCGUCUCCAAGCGCGCCGACUACUGUGGUCAGUGGGACAACCAGAUUCAGGGACCCUACACCAUCUACAACAACCUCUGGGGACGCGACGCGGCCACCUCUGGCAGCCAGUGCACUGGUGUUGAUGGACUCAGCGGCAGCACCCUCAAGUGGCACACUAAGUGGUCAUGGGCUGGCGGUGCCGGACACGUAAAGUCAUACGCCAACGUCGUGACUAAGAUUAGCCAAAAGUCACUCUCCUCCAUCAAGUCGCUGCGCUCAGUCUGGACCUGGAGCUACAGCGGCUCCAACCUCAUCGCCAACGUCUCUUACGAUCUGUUCACUGGCAAGACCGCCACCGGUACCCAGGAGUACGAGGUCAUGAUCUGGAUGGCCGCUCUUGGCGGCGCCGGCCCGAUCUCGACCACCGGCAAGCCUAUUGCUACCCCCACGAUCGGAGGCAAGCAGUACAACUUGUACAAGGGCCCUAACGGCCAGAUGACUGUCUUCUCGUUCGUUGCCGUGUCCCAGAUCAAGAGCUUCAACGGCGACCUCAACGAGUUCCUCGUCUACCUCCGUAACAGCCAGGGCCUGCCCAGCACCCAGAUUCUUCAGUCUGUUGGUGCCGGAACUGAGCCUUUCUCUGGUUCCAACGCUGUCAUGACAACCACUGCCUUCUCCAUGACCCAGCAGUAG